AUGCAUCUUCUCGCCGUCUCUAGAAAGUCACUGCUUGUACUCAGUGGCGUUGUUGUACUGGGAAUCAUUGAUGUCUGUCAUGCCGCAAAUGCAACAGAAAUCUCCUCAACUGGCUGCGUCGACAAAGCCGGAUUCGAGAAAUGUCUCUCAGACGCCGUUGAUGCAGAGGCAGCUUGCAUCAAGACCACCUCCAGCGAUCCUAGUCUCAUCGUGAGCUGUGGAUAUGGGAACCAAAUCAACCAGAUGAACUGCUACAUGUCGAGUUGCUGGAACAAGAUUUACUCCUGCGAAUACUCCGCCUUAGCAGCCCAAUAUACUGCUGAUCGCGGCCUCGUGACUCCAGAACCAAUCCCCUUCUGGCCCGCCCCCGCAAAUGCCCCCGGCGCCUGCUCCUGCAACAUCGGGGAGGCCGUAGUCAACUCCACCCAGGUCUACCUAGAAAGCAUCGGCUGUAUGUCAACCUACUUGAACGUCCCCGACCUCUUUGGCUGCACCUGCUGCUCCUUCGACGGUGCUCUUUCAGCCCUAUACGCAAUCUGCCCCAACAAUAACCCCGACUUCCUAGGCUACGCAGACUACUACAAGGCACUGAAGGACUACGAGAGCCAGCUCAACCUCGGCACCUGCACCGAAGCCAUCGCCGGCAACAACUGCGUCUCAAAAUGGGGCAUCGACCCUCCUGCGGGCGGGAAGUUCCUAGACCCCGACUCACUAUCAAAGUCAUUCGGCAACGACGCAUUGUCGACCGUGAGCGGGACAUUAACGGCGCCGCCGGGCGGGCCCACAAUUACGUGGUCAAUCCUCGGUGUAGAGUGGACAGUCACGGCCGCGAGCGCUGUGGCGGGGAGUAACACGGCAGCGGCGCAGACGACGGUGGUUACGACUACGAAUAGCAAGGGAGAAACUGUCGUGAGUACGGGGACAGUGGCGGCGGCUACAGGGUCGGGGUCGGGAUCGUCGAAUUCGGCGGUUGGGAGGGGGGUGGUGAGCGGGUGGGUUGGUGUUGUUGUGGUUGUGGGGUGGGUGAUGUGGGUGGUUUGA